AUGUCUUCAUUUUUACCAGAUCAGGCUGAUUUAAAACAUGUAGAUACUUUUUCUUAUUUAGCAGAUGGUAUAUUUCAUGACACUACAAUUGAAAAUAUUAAAGAUAUUGUACCUGACAACUUUACUCAAGAUGAUUUAACUAAAUAUAUUUCCACAUUUACAAAACCAUCGGAUUUACCUAAAUUUAAACAAGUAUUAUUAGAUUGUAUAAAUACAAAUACCACCAAGGCAACUCAAUUAUUUAUAGUUUUAACUACAAUUUUAGAUUCAAGAAUUUUAGCACCUACAUUAACUAAUUCAAUGACAUUAAUUAAAGAUAUGACAAUUAAAGAAAGAGAAAAUUUAUUAAUUACAUGGAGAGAUUCUCCAAUUUCAGCAAAACGUAGAUUAUUUAGAAUGGUUUGUAGUUUAACAUUAAAUAUUUUAAUGAAAUUAGGUGAUGAAUUACAUUUUAAAGCUAUUGGUUACCCAGGUAAAGAUUUGAAUGAAAAAGCUUAUGAAAGUCAAGAAAUUGAUCCAUUUAGAUAUCAAUUUUUACCAAAACCAAAAUAUGAAGAUACUGAAUUAUAUUUACCUGACAUUGAUGCAUUGAUAAUUGGUUCUGGUUCUGGUGCUGGUGUUGUAGCUCAUACUUUAGCAAAUGAUGGGUAUAAAACUUUAGUACUUGAAAAAGGUAAAUAUUUUCAUAAUUCAGAAUUAUAUUUUGAUGAUUUAAAAGGUAUGAAAGAAUUAUAUCAAACUGGUGGUACUUUAGGAUCAACGAAUCAACAAAUUUUUGUAUUGGCUGGAUCUACUUUUGGAGGAGGUACUACUGUUAAUUGGUCAGCUUGUUUAAAAACACCAUUUAAAGUUAGAAAAGAAUGGUUUGAUGAAUUUGGUUUAGAUUUUGCUGCUAACGAAUCUUAUGAUAAAUGUCAAGAAUAUGUUUGGAAUCAAAUGGGUGCUUCUACUGAUAAUAUUACUCAUUCUUUAGCUAAUAAAAUUUUAAUUGAAGGUGGUCAAAAAUUAGGAUAUAAAUCAAAACCAAUUGAACAAAAUUCUGGUGGUCAUUUACAUCAUCCUUGUGGAUUUUGUUAUCUUGGUUGUAAAUAUGGUAUUAAACAAGGUUCAUUAGUUUCUUGGUUUAGAGAUGCUGCUGCUAAUGGAUCACAAUUUAUGGAUCAAGUUAGAGUAUUGGAAAUUAUUCAUAAAAAGGGUAAAGCAAUUGCAGUAUUAUGUCAAGAUGAAGAAACAAAAAUAAAAUUUAAAAUCACUGGAUUUAAAAAAUUAGUUGUAUCUGGUGGUUCUUUAAAUACACCAGUUAUUUUAAAAAAUUCAGGAUUCAAGAAUAAACAUAUUGGUAAAAAUUUAACUUUACAUCCAGUUACAACAAUUUUUGGAGAUUUUGGUAAAGAUAUUCAAGCUGAUCAUUUUAAAAAUUCAAUAAUGACCUCAGUAUGUACUCAAGUUGAUGAUUUAGAUGGUAAAGCUCAUGGUGCCAAAAUUGAAACAAUUUUAAAUACUCCAUUUAUUCAAGGUGCUUUAUUACCAUGGAGAAAUUCAGAUGAAGUAAGAAAAGAUUUAUUAAGAUAUAAUAAUAUGUGUGCAAUGUUAUUAAUUACAAGAGAUUCUACUUCUGGUUCAGUUGAAGGUGAUCCAAAUAGACCAGAAGCAUUAUAUAUAGAUUAUAAAUUAUCAAAAUUUGAUAAAAAUGCAUUAUUACAAGCAUUUUUAAUAACUUCAGAUAUUUUAUAUAUUGAAGGUGCUAAAAGAAUUUUGAGUCCUCAACCAUGGGUACCUAUAUUUGAAUCAAAUAUACCAAAAGAAGAAAGAGAUAUAAAUGAUAAAGAAUUUCAAGAAUGGAGAACAAAAGUUGCUAAAAUGCCAUUUGAUGAUUAUGGUACUCCUUAUGGGUCAGCUCAUCAAAUGUCUUCAUGUAGAAUGAGUGGUAAAGGUCCAAAAUAUGGUGCUUGUGAUACAAAUGGUAAAUUAUUUGAAGCUUUAAAUAUUUAUAUUGCUGAUGCUUCUUGUAUGCCAACUGCUUCUGGUGCAAAUCCAAUGAUUUCAACAAUGACAAUUGCAAGACAUGUUGCUUUGGGAAUACUUGAUGAUUUAAAAGUAAAAGCAAAAUUAUAA